UAUGUGAAGAUUGCUUGUUUUUUAUAAGAGAAGUUUAAUGCUAGCUAGCUCCUUGCUGCACCCGCGUAACAGGUGGUCAGCCUGCCACGCAGUUUCCUCAUGGAAUUUAAUGUAAUCGGGCCAUAAUCGGCGUUCAAAAAUGCUGAUUAUCGAUUUGUUAUGAAAACUUGAAAAUCGGGCCCUAAUUAACCCGGCCGACCUCUAGUUUGAACUGCAGAUUCUGUCUUUAACCACUGCUACGUUGCGUACAACAUUUAAGGCCACUUUCCCGGACACGGAUUUCAGACUAGUUCUGCAUUUAAAUAGCAUGUUCAAUAGAGAAAGUGUUUGUUGCUCCAUGGGUCUAUGUAUCACGUGUCUCGGAGUAGGAGUGCUGAUCUAGGAUCAGGUCCAUGUAACCUUAUUGGGAUCUAAAAAGGUGAAGCUGACCAUCAAUCAGCACUCCUACUUUAAGAUGCUUCAUCCAGACGGCCUUUGGACUAGGCUUAAUCUAUAUCUGCUUCAUACAGACGGCCAUUGGACUAGGCUUAAUCUAUAUCUGCUUUAUACAGACGGCCAUUGGACUAGGCUUAAUCUAUAUCUGCUUUAUACAGACGGCCAUUGGACUAGGCUUAAUCUAUAUCUGCUUUAUACAGACGGCCAUUGGACUACAUUUACAUUUACAUUUAAGUCAUUUAGCAGACGCUCUUAUCCAGAGCGACUUACAAAUUGGGCUAGGCUUAAUCUAUAUCUGCUUUAUACAGACGGCCAUUGGACUAGGCUUAAUCUAUAUCUGCUUUAUACAGACGGCCAUUGGACUAGGCUUAAUCUAUAUCUGCUUUAUACAGACGGCCAUUGGACUAGGCUUAAUCUAUAUCUGCUUUAUACAGACGGCCAUUGGACUAGGCUUAAUCUAUAUCUGCUUUAUACAGACGGCCAUUGGACUAGGCUUAAUCUAUAUCUGCUUUAUACAGACGGCCAUUGGACUAGGCUUAAUCUAUAUCUGCUUUGUACAGACGGCCAUUGGACUAGGCUUAAUCUAUAUCUGCUUUGUACAGACGGCCAUUGGACUAGGCUUAAUCUUCAUACAGACGACCAUUGGACUAGGCUUAAUCUAUAUCUGCUUUAUACAGACGGCCAUUGGACUAGGCUUAAUCUAUAUCUGCUUUAUACAGACAGCCAUUGGACUAGGCUUAAUCUUCAUACAGACGGCCAUUGGACUUGGCUUAAUCUAUAUCCGGGAAAACAGACAGGUAUAUUAUCUCUGUGGUUAAUCUCACUACUUUUGUCUCGACUGUUAAAAGUAGUGGGAAUUCAUGUGCUCGCUAGCAUCAAAUCAAAUUGUAUUAGUCACACGCGCCGAAUACAACGGGUGUAGAUCUUACAGUGAAAUGCUUACUGACAAGCCCUUAAUCAACAAUGAAGUUAAGA